AUGUCUGAAUUUGAAACAAGAACAAAUUAUAGGACACAAAUAGAGCAACAGUUGCUCAAAAAUAGAGCACAGUUAAAUUCUUUAGAUUAUGAAGGUUCACAAUUGAAACCUGGUUUUAGAACUAGUCUAGAUGAAACACCUGUAGAGAUGGAUCCUGAGUCAAAGAUUUUUUAUUUUGAUAUAGAUAAUACUCUAUAUAGGAGAUCUACAGGGAUUCAAGAGAUGAUGCAAGAUGCAAUAUAUCAUUAUGUGCGUAAUGAAUUGAGUAUUCCACCAAGAACUGCAAAUUAUAUUAUGAAUACAUAUUACAAACAAUACGGCUUAAUGGCUGCAGGUUUAGUACAAAAUUUUAAUAUUGAUCCUUUAAAAUAUAACAUGAUGGUUGAUGAUUCAUUAGAAAUUGGUCAUAUUUUAAAACCCGAUUUGAAACUGAGAAAAGUUUUACUACAAUUGAAAGAAGAUAAUCAAAUUGAUAAAUUGUGGUUAUGUACUAAUGCUUAUGUAAAUCAUGCAGUUCGUUGUAUUAAAUUAUUAGGUAUUGCAGAUUUAUUUGAUGGUAUUACAUUCACUCAAUAUGAAUCUUCAUCAAGAGAAAUUAUUUGUAAACCUGAUCAUAGAUUUUUUGAAAGAGUGAAAAGAGAAAGUGGAUUAGGUGAUUGGAAUAAUGCAUUUUUCAUUGAUGACAGUUUCGCCAAUAUUCAAUCUGCUGCAGCAUUAGGAAUGAAUAAAUGUUUUCUAGUAACAGAAACCACCACAGAUGAUGGAAGUAAAUUACGUGAACUAAAAAGCAUAGAUGAUCCAGAUGAAAAAGAAAUGGAAAAAGGUUUAUUAGGGAACGUAGUUGUGGUUAAUAGUGUACUAGAUUUACCAAAAGCAGAACCACAACUAUUUAUUUAA